AUGAACAUGGAUAUCUCGCAGUACGCAGUGCGCCCAGAGGAGAUUGACCCCCUGUCUGCGUCCCAGAUCUCCAAUUUCUUCAGACGCCACAAAUUCGUCACAAAGGAGGAGUGCAAUGACGCCGCUGCCAGCAUCGCUGGAAGCCCCGUCUCUCCAACACUGAUACAUGGCUCGACCAGCUACACUGUGACAGCGGGGACAAAAACCAUCCAAUUUCGCCACUCGGCCUUGAACCUCGAGGUCAUGGAGCAAGCACGGAAAACUUACGGAAGAUUCGUCCCCAUCUGCAAGUCUCGUGGCAUGUUGGCCGAGGUCCAUGUUUACGAAAUGGAUCUUGUCCCGGGAGUCGCCUUCUCUCGAGCUAGACGCCAGCUUGUUAGUCCUGGGAUGGAAGAGCGUCUGCUUCGGACUGUACAGGACUUUGCAAGGUUCUUCGCCUCAGCAUGGCUUGCUAGGUUAGCACCAGAACCGGACCUGGAUCGCGUCGUCGAAAUACACAGUCAUUAUUCAGGUAUCCUUGUACGACUUUCACAAAGAUUGCCUGCACGCUUUCUACCACGGUUAAACAAGCUCCGUGAAGAACUCCCGCUACUCUUGCGGCCCGGUUAUCCGCUAGUUCUCAACCACGAUGAUCUCUUAGAGAUGAACAUUCACGUCGACAAGGACACUGGCCGCAUUACUGGAAUUGUUGACUGGGCUGAUGCCAGGAUUGCUCCCUUUGGCACAUCGCUCGGGGCCCUGGAAGCUGUCCUCGGUGUUGAGACUUCAUCGCUCUGGCUCUACCACCCUAACCACGAAUACCACGAAUACCUUCGAAAUAAGUUCUGGGAGACUUUCUACGAGGCUACUGGGGGUAUCACGGAUGAUGAUAGGCGGACGAUGGAAGCUGCCAGGUUGUUUGGCCUAUUUCGGACCUACGGUUUUGAUCGUCGACCCGAGAAUUACGAUGCGAAGCCUGUAACGGAAGGAGACCAAGGGUUCGUGUGCCUUGAGGCAUUUUGCCUACGGUAG